UGGGCACCCAGUUGUGUCGUUGCAGAUCUGUGUUUAGAUUCUGUUUUGAGCCUCAUUCGAGCUCCCCGCAGAAACGCAGAUAGCGUUCCUUUUUGAAGUCUGCCAUCCGACGAGCAGCUGCUUUUGGCCCAAGCGACUCGUCGAGGGCCACCGGGAGGGUCCAGCACGUGACAUUUGUCACAUCCGUUAGCUGGAUGAAGGCAGCGGAUAGGAUCACUGAACCACUGGCAUCUCACUUUGUGCGGCGAACAUGCCUUUGUUGGCUGAGCUGCGUGUUCCUUAUUUUUGCAAUGUCUGGCUUGGCAGCUGGACUUGGGUAUGUCACGCUGAUGACAAGGGACGAUGUUUGGAUGAUCUUGGAUGGUGAGAUGACGCAGCAUCGUCGUGCUUAUCAAGCAGCAAGGGAACAGGUCAGGACGCAGUCACAGGCCGCCGAGGAGUCUUCAGGAGAUGAAGUAGAAAUGCUCACCUUCUUCUACAAGAGCGCUGAUGGAACAGAGAGUCUUUUCACUCCAGACAGACUGGUCGACAUUUGUGAGAUGGAGAAGACGGUGGUAAACAACACCAAGAUACAGGAAGUGGUGUUUCUGGGCUCGGUGUUGCGCCUCUUCUACGGCACGGCGGCAAAUCCAGCCCAACAAUCCAUUCCUGCUGCACGACUCCUAAGCCAGUACAAUUGGAGUUGUGAAAAACUCCCGCAAAGCAUUGUGGAUGAUACGGUUGACUUCAUGUACAACGAUAUGAGAAACAAGGGGCCACAGUCUCUGUAUGCGACGUUUGUUGAUCCGAGCUUUCCAGAGACCAAAAAGAAUAUUUACAGCAGGACCGCGCUGCAAAUCACGGUCUCGCCGGAUUCCGGUGAAGAGGCGAUGGCGCCCGUCUUCGAACAUCUCGGGUUGUCCUACGCCCUGCUGAAAUCUGCAUUCCAAGGCGAAGAAGACCGCUUCGUUCCAAGCGGCAACAUACGGGUUCGUCUUAUUUUCUCGGGCAUUAACGAAAUUCAAAAGAUGGCGAUGCCGGACUUCUUGCUGUCCUUCAUAUCCGUCAUCCUAGUCUUUGGCAUUGUAUAUCUCCAUACAAAGUCCAGCAUCAUUGCGGCUUCGAGCAUGUUCAUGAUGAUUAUGACGUUGCCGGUUGCUGCACUGGUCUACCAGGGUGUUCUUCGAGUUCAAUAUUUUGAAUUUCUGCACAUCCUAGUGGUUUACUUGGUGCUUGGCAUCGGUGCUGACGACAUUUUUGUCUUCAAAGACACGUUUUGCCACAUUGUGAAGGCUGAAUUUCCGUUUGUCCGCGGAGGCAGGCUGUCAGAAGAGCAGGAGAUUAAAGCCUUGUCUCUUACCUUCCAACGUGCGGGCGUGGCCAUUUUCAAUACCUCCUUCACGACGGCAUUGGCCUUUGCUUCCUGCUCAGUGUCGAGAUGCAUGCCAAUGAGAACAUGCGGAUGGUAUGCAGCCACGUGCAUUGUUACUCUUUACGUCUUGACAUUGACCUAUUUUCCGCCCGUCCUCUUAUUCUGGCAUCGGCGGUUGCAAGCAAAGCGCUGCUGCUGCCCCACCUUGAAACAGCGAGAAUUUGCGAUAGUUCCGGUGGAUGAGAAGCCUUUGGCAGAGGAGUCUGCAGGCCCAGUAGAACUUUUCUUCGAGAAGGUGUACAUUCCAGUCAUGUCGAAGAAAGUCGGUCCAGUGAGAAUUUUUGCAUUGAUUCUAUUCUUGAUCAUGUUUGGAGUUGCUGUCCAAGGUAUUAGCUUCGCACUACAAUUGACCCCUCCGAGAUCUGAGGAGGUUUGGUUUCCAGGCAAUCACAUGUUCGUGGGCAUCCAAGAUUUUAUGGCAGAGAACUUCUACACUCCAGCCUUUGACAACUACGCUGUCAUCACUGUGAUCUUUGGCAUCGCUGGUUUGGACACCUCGGGCAUUAAUGUUUAUGACCCAGGCGCUUUCAUUGGCACACCUAUUUUUGAUGACAGCUUUGACCUCACUACCAGUGAGGCGCAGACUGGAAUGCUUGAUAUUUGCUCAAAGUUGCGCACCAUCACCUGCGAUUUGGAGGGCUGCGACAACUCUGGCUAUGACACCUUCGUGAUGCAGACGACUGAGAGGACCGUGUCGUGCUUCUUGGAGGAUUUCCAGCAGUGGCUGGGCGGGCCAUUGCCGACCGGUGCCAACUUCACAACUCAGCUUCAAGCAUUUCGCAGUGCAGCGGACAAAGGUCAGAUUUAUGGCGAUGUGCUGGUAAAGGCGGUGAAUUACAAGACUGACAUUGGCUUUAUUGACGGAGAGCUGAAGUAUGUCGCGCUUCACUUCCGGAGUGUGAUGAAGAAGCGGCUUCCGUUUUCCAUAGGCACCAGGAUCCGAGACCACAUCAGAGAAUGGAUGGAUGCAAAUCGAGGAGCUCUGCCAAGUAGUCUCAAGAGUAUGAAGUUCCAUGGCAACGGAGAGUUUCAGAGGUACGACAUGGGCGAAGAGUUGAUCAACGGACUAUUCUCGGGCAUUGCCAUUGCAAUGCCAAUUUCAUUUCUUGUUCUCUUGAGCUCAACACAGAACGUGGUUGUUGCAAUCUACGCCGUCCUCAGCGUUGGAGCCAUUGUUCUUUGUGUCUUGGGAUUCUGCAAGAGUGCCAUGGACUGGGAUCUUGGUGUCGGUGAAGCGAUUGCUGGUGUUAUCGUGAUCGGUUAUUCAGUGGAUUAUGUGGUCCAUUUGGCGCACAUGUAUAGCGAAGGAAUGCAUUUUGGCCACCAGACGCGUGAUGAACGUGCCAAGUUUGCAAUUCGCAGCAUGGGCUCUACAAUCUUCGCAGGUGCUAUCACCACGAUGUUGGCGGGUGCCACCAUGUUUGUUUGUUGGUUCUAUUUCUUCAUCAAGAUGGCACUGCUCAUUUGCGUCACGAUUAUGUACUCCUUCCUAUUCUCAUUGGUGUUCUUCAUGUCGCUGCUGUGGACAGCAGGACCAGAAAACAGCUUUGGGCAUAUUCCUAUCGAUCGUUGGUGGGCAAGCAGAUCGGGCAAGAAAGACACGGGGCUUGACGCGAUUGACAACAACGGCAAAGAGGAGACAAAUACAUCGUCCCAGAGCAAGAACUGCGAAGAGGAUUUGCAGCCCAAGGAGAUUGAUGAAGGACCACGAACAAUUGUGGUGCCGUAAAGUGGUAAACCUUGCAAGGCGAAUCCAGGCAUGUGGAGUUGAGCCCGCAGCGGCCUGAAGCUCAAUUAAUCGGCGCACAAAGUGUUCAUCCCUCUAAAGUUACCAGCGAUGCCUUUUGAGGCUUGAUUAGAAGCUGUUCAAGGUUGUAGGCUUGCAGCCUGUUGUAGCAAUUGUGAAGAGAAGCCUCCUAGAAAUCAUGCAGCUUGCAGCAAGUGCAUUGCAUUCCUUCCGGAUAGGAGGGGUCAGCAUUCCUGGCAGCUUUUGCGCCGCUCGAUCAUGUUUUCCGUUCAGACGCCACGAUGCUCGAAAUGUUGCUGGAACGGUG